CAACACUGUCAAAUAGAUCAGUUAACAAACAAACUUGAAAUAGUCAACAUCAAAGAAAAAGGUGCUCCUCAUACUGAAGUGAAAAAAACAACAAAUAAAUAAAACAAUAACAACAAAAAAAUAAAAGAAUUUAUUUAACAACAAAUUAUUUUAAAAAUUCUAGAAAUUGAAAAUUUUUAAAAAUUAACAUAACAAGAUCUUCGUAAAAAACACUCAGUUAAAAACUAAAGCAAAAAAUUUUUCGUUAAAAGAUUUUAAAUACAUAGUUUGAUUAAUAACAAAAAAAAAAAAUAACAACAUGACCGGUUUCGAUAUCAAAGGUACUUGUCUCAUCACCAAAGCCAAAUCCUCAACCAAUGGCACUGAUACCACAAAUGGCACACACAAUGCCUAUACCGCCAGAGAAAAUGCCUCUGAACAUCAAACGUCAGCAACAAAUUCAUCAAUGACAAAUGAAUUGACACCAUCACAACAAGUUGAAAUGGUGAUUAAUGAAGAUAAUUUUUGUGUUUUUAACAAGGUUGGCGGCGUACGAUCCGAAAUUAUUGACAGUUACUCCUAUGAUGUUAUUAAGGAUAUAGCUGAUUACUUAUUGGAACGUACUUCUAUUAGACCUGUCAUUGGUAUAAUUUGCGGUUCGGGCUUAAAUUCUUUGGCCGAUAACAUUACCGAUACUCAAACUUUCGAUUAUGAAGAUAUACCCAAUUUUCCGGUAUCCACAGUGGAGGGACAUGUUGGUCGCAUGAUUUUUGGUUAUUUGGAAGGUUUACCUGUCAUGGCUAUGCAGGGACGUUUCCACUACUAUGAAGGUUAUCCUUUGGCUAAGUGUUCCAUGCCGGUGCGUGUAAUGAAAUUAGUGGGAGUACGCUUUCUAAUGGCCACAAAUGCUGCCGGUGGUCUUAAUCCUAAAUUCAAAGUUGGUGAUAUUAUGAUUGUACGUGACCACAUCAAUAUUAUGGGUUUCGCUGGCAACUCUCCUCUGCAGGGACCUAAUGAUCCCCGUUUUGGUCCACGUUUCCCACCCAUGACAAAUGCCUAUGAUGCCCAUCUCAUUCGCACCGCCCGCAAAGUAGCCAAAGAUAUGGGCAUAGAGAAUGAUGUCCACGAAGGUGUCUAUACCUGUUUGGGUGGUCCCAAUUAUGAAACGGUAGCUGAAUUGAAAAUGUUGCGUAUCAUGGGUGUUGAUGCUGUUGGUAUGAGUACCGUUCAUGAAGUCAUCACCGCCAGACAUUGUGAUUUAACAGUAUUUGCCUUUAGUUUGAUUACCAACAAAUGUGCCACCGACUACGACAGCGGUGAGGACGAGGCCAAUCACGAGGAAGUCGUCUUGGUAGGCAAUUCCAGACAAGCCAUUUGCAGUCAACUUAUGUGCCGAGUUGUUAAGGAAAUUGCCUCCCAAUGCAAUUUAACGCCAAAGAAAUAAAGUGUUUGAGGAAGAAAAAAUUCGAAGACGUUUAAAUUUAAAGUUUUUAGAUCUGUAAAUUAUUUAGAGCCAUUUUAAUACAUAAAGAAUUAUUUUGAUUACUUUUUCUAAUAAUUAUUAAAAAAGACAAGAAAAUCUUUAGUCAAAUUAAUUAGUAGUCAAUUGAUUUGACCUUAUUAUAGCAUGUACUUUAUCAAUACUACUACUUAAACAUAGUGUAUGUUUAAAAAAAUAUUAGUAUAUAAAAUAGUUUUAUAUAAAGAUAAAAUAUGUAUAA